AUGACGACUCUACAGAAAUUCAAGUUGUUAGCUACACAGUGCGCAGUCGCCGGAAGCCCAACAAGGAGCCCAACUACAAGCCCAAUAAUCCACCUCCGACGGAGAAGAAGCACUCUCCGUAUGCUGCUCAGUCGUGGCGGAAGAAAGCUGCCGCCGCUCCGUGAAGUUGGAUCUCAGGACCGGCGGCCGCAGGGCGACGUAAAAUCGUCGGAAAGGGGGAAGGAAAUUGUUGUCAGACAUAAGCUGAAGGAUUUGUUUGUUUCGUCACCGCCGGCUUUCGAAAAGAGAAUUUCAGAGAAUAUGAGAGAAGGGCUGUUACCGGCGGCUGGAGUCGGUGGGGCACGUGCCCGACGACCGUUAACUGCUAUGUUCCGGCAGCGGUUGCUUAGGAGAGCUUGGCGGCCGGUGCUCGUCGGCAUACCUGAGUGA